AUGCACAAGCACAAAGGCCAUAUCAUCUCGUCGAAUGCCAAAUCUUCAGGAACAGAAAGUACCAAACAAGCAACUAUUCAAGCAGUGAUGGCCUCGGUCGUCAAGUUGGCCGACUUUGUCAUGUAUCAGUCGCUGGAUGAUCUGGGCGUCAACUUCUUCAUGUCAAAUUACGUCAGCGGCGAUCCGACCGUUUCACAAUUACAUUACCUCCCAGCCCUCUACGCAAAGACGGGGUAUGCAAAUCCUGGACUGAAGCAGAGUAUCACUGCUGCUGGCUUAGCUGGCUACGCGAAGACCGCUCGUCGCAAAGAUAUGACUAACACUGCUACUAAGAGCUACAUCUCUGCUAUUCGGGCUAUUAACACUGCUUUGUCGGACCCUAACAUAGCAGCGCAGGACAGUACGUUAGUGUCUAUUGUUAUAGCGGCUAUGUUCGAAGUCCUGAUUAAUCCACGCGCGGGUAUGCAAAAUUGCUCUAAACACCUAGAAGGCGCUGUUGCUGUUGCCCUUUUGAGUAUGAAGUACAGGCGACAAACCGACGUGACACGAAAGCUACUCACUACGUUAGUUCAAAACGUUGUCAUCAACAGUUGGAUUCAGCAUAUACCCUUACCACCUGGAUUUACAGAGUUGAAGAAGCAAGUCGGCGAGAAAAGCAACUCAAAUUCUGUGCACGGCGACUUUUUGGAUAUAGUCCUGGAACUGGUCCAAUUCAGACAUGCGCUUCAGGAUGGGAUUUAUGAUAGUCCCAUGGCUAUCAUAAGAAAAGCCUUGGAGAUCGACAAUACUCUAACCGAAUUUCUUGAAAACAUGCCUCGCCAUGCUCGGUUCGACAGUUUCCGCGUCUCUAGCGUUGAAGUAGAACAGCUAGCUUACGGAGGAUACUAUCACAUUUAUCCCCAGCGCUUUACCGCUCGUCUAUGGAACAACGUUCGAUCCUCGCGUCUGCGUCUCCAUCAGGUCGUGCUUCAACAAUGCCAACAUCUUACUUCCCUGAAGUUCUCAGACAAAUACGCCUUUCUGAGCACCCAGCGUUCAGAAUCGGAAGCCAAAAUUCAUGCUUUGACUGCUGAGAUGAUAGCAACUGUGCCACAGUUGGCAGGCUAUGCUGAACAGCUCGGAUCAUAUCGAAUACCCACCGAACAAAAUUCACGAGGACGAGAUGAAUCACCAUCGUUGGCUCUACGACCUGGAAAGCCUCAACCUGUAACGAAUAUUAGGGGGCUGACAGUAGAAUUGAGUACCCCGCUUGCGUACAAUCUCAGGUCCUCCCAACGCCAGGCUGAUCUAAAGCCUACUGCAAUUUCACCCUCUUCAUCUGCAAGAGCCCACGAACCUCAGCCCGCGGCCCCAACGCAGGUUCUCCCGGCUAUGUAUCAUCCCCAUUCAGCAAGCCUAUACCACCUGCUUUUCCAACUUUACGCACUACACUCGAUUCCGCACUUACCCGCGUCGAUGAAACAAUGGAUCAAAGGACGUAUUGCGUGGAUCGAAGUUAACUUGGAUCUGCAAGAUCUAGCUCGUUUGCAAGAUGAUCUGAGUAAGAGGCCAGGGGAUGGUUUUCCAGUAGACGAAGACCAAGUGUAUGUCAUGCAAACGUACGAGUUCUCGACCAGAUAUCUGCGUAGGCCUGCACCCCUCCUUUUAUCGUACGAUUGA